CUGGGUCCGGCAGGGCUCGGCGUCCGCGGGGAGGUGCGGUGGGUAAUGAUGCAACCAGUGAGGGAGUCUUGCCUGCGGAGAUGUAGGAAGAGGGGGGCGUGUUGGGAGGCUCACACUGCCCCCGCACGUAACUGGCCAGUAUUAUAGCGGGAACUCUGAAGGAGCAGGGUCACCGGCAGGUCGUGUCUGAUGGAGCGGAUAAGCCCAAAUGCUCCUACUCAGUCUUUCGUUGAGUAUUCUUGCCUCUUUUCUGAGCAGCUAGGCUCUCAUCCGCCUCUGUCUCAUCAAGUAAAUAGACAUCCUCAAUCAAAAGGAACGAACAGCAGUGGUGAUUAACACCUAAUGGCUAUUAAAUAAGCAAACACACAACUCCAAUUAUGGAAGCAACAGAUGACUUACCUAGUUAGGAAGAGCUGACUGCUAAAGAGAAAAUGACAUCUCUAGAAAAAGUUGAUGAUGCCUCAGCACCCAUUCGAGGACCUGGAGAUGGCAUGGAAACAGAGCAAACAGCUGGAUCAGUGGAAGUAAUCACUGGAGCCAACACUACAAACCAUCACAUCCACCACAGCCCCCAUAAAAAGGCAGCCUCUUCCCUGAGUCCCGGAGUUCUGCAGCUGGGGAAAGUACAUGCUGAUAAAUCAGUGGAGAUUGAAGCUAUUCGAAUAUUAGUCCCCAAAGCAGCUAUCACCCAUGUUGUUCCAACUAAAAAUGCUAAGGUAGCUAAAUCUGUGGGACAUAAAGGAGACACAUUCCAUCAGUCAGAUGGAGCCACAGAUCCCCAGAAAGAACAGAUAGAGCUGAAAAAUGCAAUUGAAAAGCUAAAGAAUUCAGAAAAGCGGUUGUUACAGGAUAAAGAAGGUCUCUCUAAUCAGCUGCGUAUACAGACAGAGGUUAAUCGGGAGCUGAAGAAAUUACUUGUUGCUUCUGUUGGGGAUGACCUGCAGUAUCACUUUGAACGGAUGGCUCGUGAGAAGAAUCAGCUCAUCCUAGAAAACGAAGUCCUGGGCCGGAAUAUGGCUCAGCUGUCUGAACAAUUGGAGCGCAUGUCUAUACAAUGUGAUGUGUGGAGAAGCAAAUUCCUAGCAAGCAGGGUGAUGGCUGAUGAGCUGACCAAUACCAGAGCAAUUCUUCAGCGCCAAACUAGGGAUGCACAAAGUGCAAUCCAGGACUUGCUGAAUGAACGCGAUCAGUUCCGUCAAGAGAUGAUUGAUACGCACAAGCUUCUGGAGGAGCUCAUGGUUUCUCUUCAGUGGGGGAGACAACAGACAUACUAUCCUAGUGCCCAGCCUUACACUACAACAGAGCUAGCAGCUGUGAAUUGUAAGCUAGCCAAAGCUGUAAGCUCGCAUCUUCUAGGAAAUGUUGGCACUAACAGUCCAAAAAAGACUUCAACAACUGUGGAGUUUUGCAAUACCCCUGCUGAGAAAACGGCUGAAAUGAUGCUACAUGUACUGGAUCCAGCUGCACGUCCAGAAACAUCAACAGAAGUUUCUUUUUCUGAGACUUCUCCAUCUUCUUUCCUUUCCACAAAGAAAAGUAUUGGAAGGUUUCACCCAUAUACAAGAUACGAAGAUGUAACCUUCAAUUGUUGCAAUCACUGUCAAGGAGAGCUGAUAGCCCUUUAAAAAGCCCAGCCAAGGCAGCUGCACAUGCACUCUUUCUGAAGAACUACACUAGCUGAUGUUCAGCAGGCUUCCCUUUGUCUUUUUUCCAUAAUGGAUGGGUUUAGCAUUGGAAGUUACAUGGUUUCUGCUUCUCUACCUCUUGAAGUUAGGGACUGACAGGAUUUCUGUAGUCUCUGGGAUACUUCUACUACUUCUCAAUCUGGAAAGCUACUUACUUUCUUAUACAAAGGCAAAACAAAAAAUGGUAUGCUGGUCCAAUUUGUAGAGCACAGAGAUGCUCUUGACUAUUUAACGUUUAUAGUCUUACUAGCAAAUCUUAAUGAAUUUCCCUCAGAGAGGGAGAGACAGAAGUGUAACCAUACCAAAGCAAAUGAAGUGCUGAUCAGUUAUGUCUAAAUUUAAAAAUAAAGUAAUGGUCAGUUACAUGCUUUUUUUUUUUAAUCUUAGCCAAGGUGAUGAACUGUCCCCAAGUCUGUGUUCAACCUUUUACAUUUAGUUAUAAAAAGGAGUAUGUGCAAUGAUUCUUCAUAGCUGUAAGUUCUGAAAGCAAGAGUAUAUGCAGUGUCAGCCCUCCUGUCAAGAAGGAGAUGAAGCCUGAAUGAACUUUAGCUAUAAUAGAUAAGUAGUAACUGGUUGCAAGUGGGGUCUAGAAAACUCAGUGGGGUGAGAUUAUUUUUGUGUUUCCAUAGAGCUGAAAUAAUGGCUUUCCAUUGUGUCAGCUUCUAGAGUGAAGCUGCUGCAUAGCUGAUCCUCAGCAAAGGCAGACUGACGUACUUCCUUUAGUACACAGCAUUGAAGCCUGGCCUGGCAUUAGGACUCAGUCCUUGCCCAAGGUCUUCCUGGUUAUUAUGGGAAGAUGAAGAUAAGCACUAAGUUUGCACAAAAAAAAAAGUAUUUUUUUACUUGUAUGGUUUUAUAAUCUUGAUGUGGAUUUGAAGUUCUUGACAUAGGUUUGAAGAGAACUUUUAGAGACAAUCUGCUAAAUCCAAAGAAGCCUAUUUAAGUUUCUUAGUUUCACCCCCAAAUUUAUCAUAUGAAGCUGUCUAGUUUAGGGAAAAGGUUUCUGAAAUGGUUGUUUUUACCCAAUUUUCCUUUGAAUCUCAUACCAUGAUCAGAGUAUGUAAGCUGUAAGUUCUUGCUGUUGCUGGCUCUGCUUUGGUUUGCAUGAAGAAAGCUACAAUAAACUUCCUUUGCUUGCUUUCAA